AUGUCGAGGGAUCACCCGAUUGGCUCGGACAAACCUGCGGCUGAGGGGUCACAUCCGAUUGGAGCUUCAGGGGAACAUCCCCCACACGGAGAUCUUCAUGGCGAACACCUCGCCACGACCUCAAAGCGCUAUUGGCGGAUAUUCAACAACCCGGGCCUGUCACCGCCCGACGGUGCCCCCGCCGACCCAUCGCCCGCUCGCACACCGCCUCAGGACGAGGUGCAGAAGGAGGUCCACAGGUCAAAAGGAGAGUUCGGGGAGGACGCACACCAGGGAUCUCCGUUUACGCCCGAGAUACAGGACCAGAUAGUCCCCUCGAACUUCCGACUCCCCUCCCUCGACGCUUACGACGGCUCUACCGACCGAGCGGACCAUGUAGUCGCUUUUCGCGCCCAGAUGGCGCUAUAUGGGACCUUUGAUGCUCUGAUGUGCAGAGCGUUUCCCACCACCCUGAGAGGGCCAGCCCGCGCGUGGUAUAGCGGCUUGAAGACCAAAACGAUCGCUUCCUUCGACCAGCUCGUCAAGGACUUCGAGCUCCACUUCGUGGCCUAUGCACGGCUGAAGCCUUCCGUGGUGCUUCUCCUCGGACUCAACCAGAGGGAGAACGAGCCCCUCUCCCAUUUUGUGAAUCGUUUUGCAACGCAGAUCCGGGGAUUACCGGACGCUCAUACUUCUCUAUUGAUGCAGGCGUUUAUGAUAGGCUUGCAUCCUUCCAGGUUCUUAUGGUCCCUCGUGGAGCGACCCCCCACCGCGGUGCCCGAAAUGCUCCAACACGCGAACCAGUUCAUCGCGGCCGAGGCUUGGAUGGCCGGGAAGCGGGAAGAGCACAAGAGGGGCAGGCCGGAGCCGGCUCGGGGACAACAGUCUGCCACGUCGAGGCGCAGGCUGGACCGACCUGACCCGCCUACGCUAAGGUCUCCUAUAUCCUCUUUGGGUGCAUCCCAAACGGAGAUAUUUCUCCAAAUAAGGGAAAAAGGGUUGCUCAAGGCCCCUGUUCCAAUGAAGAGCCCGCGGGAACUAGUUGACCGGUCCAAGUAUUGUUGCUUCCACCGGCAAAGCGGGCACGAUACUGAAGAAUGCCACGAGCUGCAGCGGCAAAUCGAGGAGCUCUUCUAUAGAGGACACCUCAGUUGGUUCGUCCAAGAGAAUAGGGGAUUGUUGCCCCAUCCGGAGGGUCCCGUUGAGCGCCACAUCGACAUCAUCACGGGCGGCCCAGCGUCCGGUGGGAUCAGCAUGUCCGGAAGGAAGGCAUACGCCCGCUCAGCUAGGGACGAUGCUACCCGACGCAGCCCCAACCCUGAGGUCGCAUUCCCCCCCAAGGGUGCUGAGCGACCAGAGCACGACGACGCGCUCGUGAUAAUGGCUCGAAUCGCCAAUGCCUAG